AUGGAACAAAACCUGAAGCUAAAGCCUGGCGUUGGAGAUGAUAAAGUCGACGAGCCCUACCGUGAACUGGUAGGCAGUCUGAUGUACCUUAUGUCAGGUACCCGACCCGACAUAUGCUUUGCGCUGACGUACCUAUCUCGUUUCCAGGAGAACCCGACGCAAGAGCAUUGGCAGUGUUUAAAGCGAAUUUUGCGGUACCUUAGUGGGACUAUCAACGUUGGCCUUCUCUACACAAAACAUCAAGACGAUCCGGCAAUCAGCUGCUACGUUGACGCAGAUUGGGCCAACGGCCUUGUGGAUCGAAAAUCAACAACUGGAUUCUUCAUUAAGGUUUAUGGAAACAUCGUACAAUGGUGCAGCCGUAAACAGGCCAUUGUAGCUCUCUCUAGCUGUGAAGUCGAGUAUGUUGCAGCUUGCGACGCCGCAAAGGAAGUGCUGUGGCUACUUAAAGUCAUGGCUGAUUUGAAUCUCCAGGUACAGCUUCCGGUGAAAAUGUACGAGGAUAAUUCCGGAUGCAUUAAUGUUUCGGAAAAUCCUGAAACACGACGAUCAAAGCAUUACGAUGUGCGCUACCAUUUUCUGCGAGAAAAAGUACACGAAAAAAUCCUAAAGCUAGUGAAGGUUUCAUCCCAGAGUCAGGUGGCAGAUACAUUAACUAAAGCCUUAGGCAAAGUCUUGUUUGUUGAACAUCGUAGAGGAUUAGGACUGGUGAACUUGAGAGGAGGUGUAGAGACGUAA